AGAGAGAAGGUUCCACGUGUCCCCGAAACUCUCCUCAAGAAGAGGAAGAGUUUAGAACAAUUGAAGGCUGCUAGGGCGAAAGCGCAACUAGCGCAGAAAAAGGUUGGUGCAGUUCCUUUUUUUCCUACAAUACACUCAACUGUAGUUGAGUUAAUUGACCGGUUUAAGUUGUCCUUCCGUAGCAUGUUGAGUAGCGGACGAUGUGAUUGGCCUUGAGCUGCCAUAUUUGUUUUUUCGUUUUAUUCCAAGCCUUCGCCAAGAUACGCCUUUUAUAUCACACAAAGUGAUGAAUUCUUCUUUACAUUCUUUGACGUAGUUUGAGUUUGAACAAAUUUUAACCAUGAAAAUUUCUGCGUGCAUGUAUAGUAUGAUCACUUAACACUUUGAUAUAUUUUAUUUUGCAAAUUUGGAUCCAACGUGGCAUCCAGUGGGUUGGCCCUCACUGGCUCUGUUUCAAAUGGCUUUUGGAGCUGAGUGUCCUUGAGACACAUCACCCUUGAUGUAUGUUCCUUGCCAUGUCGUUGGAGAUCAAAACUACCCCUAGUAUCUCAGUUUAUGGGAACUGGUUUGGUGUAGUACAUUGUAUAUUCCUUGUGCUUCCCAGAGUCACUUUGUGACCUUAACUGGGGGGAUAAACCAUACAAUGGACAUUUUAAGUAGAACAUAGAUGAUCCGGUUUUUUUUUUCAUGAUUUCAUUUUAUCUACAAUUUCUGAGUACCAUUGUCAUUGAAUUGAUUGUAAUCAUUCUCCAUUAUGUUAUUGAAUCAUAGGUGCGCAGAGAAAAACGCAAGGAAAUCUUUAAGAGAGCUGAGAAAUAUGUGAAAGAAUACCGCCAGCAAGAGAAAGAUGAGAUCCGAAUGAAACGCAUGGCGAGAAAGCAUGCAAACUUCUAUGUCCCUGCUGAAGCUAAGCUUGCUUUUGUUGUCCGUAUCAGAGGGUAGGUUGUCUUUUUCAGUAACAGUGUAUAAGAAGUACAAGGUAGAUUUGGGGCAUUUUUGCAAUGCAGUACUGUGAGUUAGUUUUACAUAGAUCUAUCCAAUGGGACAUCCAGUGAGCUGGCCCUCACUGGCUCUGUCUAAAUGGCUUUUAGGAGCUGAGUGUCCUUGAGGCAUAUCACCAAUGACGUAUGUUCCUUGCCAUGUCAUUGGAGAUUAAAACUACCCCUAGUACCUCACUGUAUGUGGGAACUGGUUUGGUGUAGUGCUCUGCAUAUUCCUUGUGCUUCCCAGAGUCACUAUGUGACCUUGACAGGGGGGAUAAACCAUGCAAUGAACAGUUACUAAGGAAGAGUUUCUGUAAUUUUUGCUCUAUGAAGUGUUUUUUGUUCUUCAUUGGGUCGAUGUGUGGCUAGUGAUAAUUUGCUAAUAUGGGUUAAGACAAUACAUUUGCAGUGGGGUUAUGCUUCUUUUUUUUUUUUUUUUGCUGCAGUAUCAAUGGCGUGAGCCCUAAAGUCAGAAAAAUCCUACAGUUGUUCCGUCUGCUUCAGAUCCACAAUGGCGUUUUUAUUAAGCUGAACAAGGCCACCAUGAACAUGCUGCGAGUUGUGCAACCUUAUGUUGCCUAUGGGUUGGUACAACUUUUUUUUUUUUGGCUGUAUAAAGUACAUGUACAUGUACUGUGCAUGAUUUAGUCAUAUUUCUUUGUGAAAAGAACAUCCAACGUGACAUCUAGUGGGUUGGCCCUCACUGGCUCUGUCUGAAUGGCUUUUGGAGCUGAGUGUCCUUGAGACACAUCACUCAUGAUGUAUGUUCCUUGCCAUGUCGUUGGAGAUCAAAACUGCCCACAGUAUCUCUCUUUUAGGGAACUUGUUUGGUGUAGUACAUUGUAUAUUCCUUGUGCUUCCCAGAGUCACUUUGUGACCUUGACUGGGGCGAUAAACCAUACAAUGGACAUUUAAAAUUUUUUUUUUACUAUUUAUAUAUAUAAUUGUUUAAGGUGGUCAUUGAAAAAUGUUCUUAACCAUUUAACUAUAAUAAGUUACAUGUCACUUCUCCCCAUAACAUCCAUACAUCAUCCAGCAAACAGGUAUUGAGAGUACUCAAACUUAUCAGGUAGAAAUUGUUACCGUGAUCUAAUGCUAAAUUCUGGUAACUGAUUUAUAAGGACAUUUGUAGCAGCUAGAGGGGAGAAUUAACAAUCAGAUCUUUAAAGUUAGUGUUAACAGUUGUUUAGCCCUGUGAAACAGUUGUUUUCUUCUAUUGUGUGUUUGUGAACCUUGUGUUUAUGACAAGCAAGUAACAGUCAAGAAAUUGUUACAUGUGAACCUUACAGAUCAUUACAGAUUAUACUUGACACAUGCCAAAAGCAAGUGUUUUAAAGAUCAAAUCUAUCAUUGUUGUUUUAGUUAUCCUAAUCUGAAGAGUGUGCGUGAGUUGAUUUACAAACGUGGUCAUGGCAAAAUCAGAAAACAGCGCAUUGCCAUUACAGACAACUCCAUCAUUGAACAGCAACUUGGAAAGUUUGGCAUAAUCUGUGUGGAGGACCUCAUUCAUGAGAUCUAUUCUGUUGGCGAGCAUUUUAAGGAGGCUAACAACUUUCUAUGGCCAUUCAAGCUCAGCUCUCCGAAGGGUGGUUUCCGUAAGAUGACCACACACUUUGUCGAGGGAGGUGAUCAUGGAAACCGUGAAGACAAGAUCAACCAGCUCAUUCGCAAGAUGAACUAA